AUGUCAAGGUCCGCGACACCCGCGUUGCCGCUGCAUAAUGCACAAACCUUCGAUUCACCACGUCCCUCCUCCACCAACCCAUUAGGCGGACGGCCAGGUGCUCCCUCAUCGACUUCCACCUCCACAUACUCAUGGCUCGAAACUCACGAAACUGCUGAACGAUUACACACAUCACUCCUACAUGGAUUGACGCCCGCCGAAGCGGAAAUUCGUCUUGCCCGUGAUGGCCCCAACGAGCUUCCCCACGAAGAACCGGAGCCCCUGUGGCUACGGUUCCUCAAACAAUUCAAAGAAACCCUGAUCCUUCUUCUCCUAGCCUCUGCGGGCAUCUCAUUUAUCAUGGGCAACUAUGAUGAUGCUGUCAGUAUUACCUUGGCAGUUACAAUUGUGGUCACAGUUGGCUUCAUUCAGGAAUAUCGAUCAGAAAAAUCGUUGGAGGCGUUGAGUCGCCUUGUCCCGCACUUCGCUCAUCUUAUCCGCGAUAUCCCAUCAACUAGUACCGCUAUCAAUAAUGCCACUCAGUCAUCGCCAGGACCCCGAGAAGAAACUGAAGAGCUCAGGAGCAAGAGUCCGGGCGCCGCAUCUGCCGCUAUCAAAGCAUCCUCUACCGUUCCUGCGAGCGAAUUGGUGCCUGGAGAUUUAGUCCUCUUCUCAACUGGUGACCGUAUUCCUGCAGAUAUCCGGAUCACCGCCGCAACCGAUCUCACCAUUGACGAAUCGAACUUGACCGGUGAGAAUGAACCGGUUGUGAAAUAUACCGCCGCCCUUCGCAUCGCGCCAGGUGGAGCCUUACAACCUCUCAAGAACGUCAAUCCCCCUCGGUCGCCAUUUUACGAUGCUCCCGCUAGUGGUGCUGUCGGUGCAGAUGUCCGUUUAAAUGAGCAGCAUAAUAUUGCGUUCAUGGGUACUCUGGUUCGCUCGGGAUACGGUCAAGGUAUUGUGAUCUCAACCGGUGCGAAGACGGAAUUUGGAAGUAUUUCAGCCUCGCUUCAGGAAAUUGAAAGUCCUCGGACUCCGUUGCAGUUGUCGAUGGAUCGCCUGGGUCAGGAAUUGAGUUAUAUUUCGUUUGGUGUAAUCGGUCUUAUCGUGGUUAUUGGCUUAUUGCAGGGCCGCAAGUUGUUGGAAAUGUUCACAAUUGGCGUUUCACUCGCUGUUGCGGCCAUUCCAGAAGGUUUGCCCAUUAUUGUGACCGUCACGCUUGCUCUGGGUGUCCUUCGUAUGGCCAAGAGGGGCGCUAUCAUGCGCCGACUCCCCAGUGUGGAAACUCUUGGCUCCGUCAAUGUUGUUUGCAGUGAUAAGACUGGAACCCUCACGAUGAACCACAUGACUGUUACGAAGAUGUGGCAUUUUGAUUGCGAUGAAGCAUUCGAGGUUCAGCGCGACAUUGCCUCGACACUUUCACCAGGGCCGGCAGCACGCACUAUUCUUAGGGUUGGAAACAUUGCAAACAAUGCUCGGCUCUCGCGCACUCACGCAAACUCUCCAGCUAGCGCCUCUUCCGCAGCAGUCUUGUCAUCAACCGUCGACCGGGACUCGAGUGCUAUCAAGAGUCGAUGGGUUGGCCAGCCUACCGAUGUCGCUAUUUUGGACCUGUUGGAUAACCUCGGAGAAGAUGAUGUCCGCGAGCGAAUCAGCGCUCGUGUAUCUGAAACCCCCUUCAGCUCUGAGCGAAAAUGGAUGGGUGUCAUUAUUGGCAGCGGUGCUCCUGGGGAAACCUAUGGAGGGUCCAAUGUGGCUUAUAUCAAGGGCGCUCUUGAGCAAGUUCUGGCUCGUUCGGACACAUACCUGACCAAGGAUGGUCGAGAGGUAAUUCUGGACGAGCCUCGACGCAAGAUUAUCCGGGACGCGGCAGAGCACAUGGCAUCCGAGGGUCUUCGAGUUCUUGCCUUCGCCAGCGGUGCCGCGCGAGACGAAUCCCGGGGUAUGAAGGGAUUCGGCAGCCGGUCUAGCACUCCUGUCUCCAAGUCCAGCAGCCCGAAGGAUGACGAUGAUCGGUAUAAUGGAUUGGUGUUUGCAGGAUUGGUUGGAAUGAACGAUCCUCCUCGCAAGGAUGUGCACAAGUCUAUUCGACGUCUAAUGGCUGGUGGAGUACGAGUCAUUAUGAUUACAGGUGAUGCCGAGACAACGGCCGUGGCUAUUGCAAAGAAACUGGGAAUGCCAAUUAAUGAAUCUGCCGGGUCACGAUCGGUCAUGCGCGGUGAUGAAUUGGACCAUAUGACAACAGCGCAGCUCGCUCAGGCUAUUUCGACCACAUCUGUCUUUGCCCGUACCAGCCCCGAUCACAAGAUGAAAAUUGUUCGCGCACUGCAGUCUCGUGGAGAUGUGGUUGCCAUGACUGGCGAUGGUGUUAAUGAUGCCCCUGCUCUGAAGAAGGCUGAUAUUGGCAUUUCAAUGGGUCUUCUUGGCACCGACGUUGCCAAGGAAGCAGCAGAUAUGAUUUUGACGGAUGAUGACUUCUCGACUAUCCUUCGGGCCAUUGAGCAAGGCAAGGGAAUUUUUUAUAAUAUUCAGAACUUCAUUACUUUCCAGCUCAGCACCAGUGUGGCUGCGCUGAGUCUCGUGUUGCUCAGUACGACGCUCGGUUUCAAGAAUCCACUGAAUGCCAUGCAGAUCUUGUGGAUUAAUAUUCUGAUGGAUGGCCCACCGGCCCAGUCCCUUGGUGUUGAGCCUGUUGACCCCAUGAUCAUGAACCGGCCCCCGCGACCGAAGACCGCGCGGGUAUUGACAAAACCGCUCAUACAGCGCGUCCUUACUUCUGCCAUGGUUAUCAUGCUAGGCACCCUCUCCAUUUACAUCCAUGAAAUGGGCGAUGCGACCGAUGGCCAGCCAUUGGGCACCCGUUCCGGUGUGGUCACGGCCCACGACACCACUAUGACAUUCACCUGCUUUGUUCUCUUCGACAUGUUCAAUGCCCUGACCUGUCGCAGCGAAGGCAAGUCCGUGCUCCGAGGCGAAAUCGAUCUAUUUGGAAACAAGAUGUUCAACUACGCUGUCCUCGGCUCAUUGGCCGGUCAAGCGUGUGUCAUCUACCUUCCCUUCCUGCAACGCAUUUUCCAAACCGAGCCGCUUGGCUUUGGAUCCCUGCUUAAGCUUGUUUGUCUCGCGAGCACUGUAUUCUGGGUCGAUGAAGGCCGUAAGUAUUAUCAUGCGCUCCGUCGUCGGGGUGGCCUCGGCGCUGGGUACAGCCUCAAUGUUUGA